AUGGUACAUGUUUAUAAAGGAUUAUUUUUAGAAUGUGACCCACCAACUAAACAAUUUGUAGAGUAUAUAAGUAAACAAGAACAUUUCGAAGUAAUUGUUUUGGAUGAAACACAUUUAUUCCUUCAAGGUGGUGAUGAAAAAGUUAUAAAUUCAAUACAAAGAAGAAUUGAUGAUUUACAAAAUCAAAAUACAUAUUCAGUAUUUGAUAAAGAUCAAUAA